UAGCAUCUCUGAGAGCGCCUACUUUAGAAAAACGGCUUACAUCAGGGACAGGUAGCGUCAGGACCGUAAACACAUUUUCGAACGAAAGAUGGACAGGAAUUUACUUCACUACAAAACACUCGUCUCCGUGUAGGAUCACAUUUUCUGACGUCUCAAAUGGCGUAACUUGAUCAAUUUAUAUUCGCCUUGAUAUGAUCUCAAUUUAUGAGCGACUUUGUUGGAUUCCACAGAUGGCGCGAGAUACCCUCCGCAGGGUUUGAUAUGGGAUAUGGAAUUUAUGUCGGUGAAGAGUCAAGGAUUAUGUGUAUUUAUUGCAGUAGUGUUCCUGUACCUGGCAGUGACAGGAGUCUCGGCUGAUGUAAAGUGUGAGAAUAUCUACAGGGACUUCUCAAACUGUGUCUUGGAGCUUGGGGAGAGCAUGGAUAACUACCAGGAGAAUGUAACCAGCGAGAGAGGAGUUGAGGCUGUGUGCAGCCACUGGGAAGCAUUCCACACAUGUGCCCUCACAGCGCUGUCUGGUUGUCAGGAGGAGGUGGGUUCCAUCUGGGAGACCCUGAGGGAGGACUCCAGGAAGAUCAGCUUCCAGGGAAGCCUCUUUGACCUUUGCAGCCCCAGUUCUGCUCCCAGUCUGCACUCACCUCUACCCAACCUAUCCCUGCUGCUGUUGGGUAUGUUGAUUCUGAAUGGGCCCACUUGGUCCUACAAAUAGGUGGAGGAUGUCUCUUCCGGGGCCAAUCCUGAGGACUUUCACAUUUCCUGGGUUGGUGUCCUUGUGAGCACAGCUGAAAUCUAAAGGGUCAACAGACACAUAGAGCACUUGAUAUAUAAACAUUUCUGGCUCUGGGGUCUUGCCAUGGUCAAUUGCCAUGUAAAUAGUGUUGCACUUGUUAAUCACAAGUUUAUGUUAGCACAGAGCCAUAGAAGUUAAUAUCAAAAAGUGAGUUUUGAUGUUACACACCCAAGUAAUUAAAAAAUAAAUGCUUCUUGAAGUGACAAUCAAGCCAAUUGUUUAGAUUUUGAAUCACUGUCCCCACAAACUAUUAGCCCCUCGUGGGUGAGUUGCAUGGCUGCUAUAAAGACACCAAAAAGGCAUUUCACAUACCACAAGUCACUCAGUAUUGUUCAUUUUCUCAGUUAUCCCUUUCAGUAGGUGCUGUAAAUAUCAGGUAAUUCUCUGACCUGAUAUUCCCUCUGUGCUUUGUGAACACCUUCUGUUUCCUUCUUUCCUGGACUUGAAAAUGGUUAUGAGUAGUGAAUGA